AAAGACGACAGUGGGGAGAGCAGCAUCCAGGAGGUCACAGAAGCUGAGAUCAUUGAGUCAGGCAGUCUGACUUAUACCCAUGAAGCUGGGGAAAACUCGUCACUCCCCACCUACCAGGAGGCCAGUGGUGCUCCUGUAGAGAUCAGGUCUCCGCUGGGAUACUCGGUCGGUCCAGCGACCAUCAUAGCUCUGAAUCUGAGCCAAAUGAUUGGUAUUGGAGUCUUCUCAACACCAUCCACCGUCUUGCAAGGUGCUGGUUCAGUUGGCCUGGCAUUUAUCUACUGGACUCUGGGAUACUUGAUGGCCUUCAGCACUCUUGUCGUGUAUCUGGAAUUCGCGUCAUACUUUCCCAGUCGAUCAGGUUCCGAAGUCGUGUACUUCGAGCAAGCCUUCCCGCGACCGCUUUACUUCUUCCCGACUGUUUUCGCGAUGCAAACCGUGAUUCUAUCGUUCAGCAGUAGCAAUGCAGUUGCUCUUUCCCAAUAUCUAUUCAAGUUAGGAGACUCUACCGGUACUGAUUGGCAGUACAAAGGUGUGGCGAUCGCAUCAUACACUGUGGCUGUCUUGUGCCUCGUAUUCAACACCAAAUGGUCACUGCGAUUGUUAAACGCAAUCAGUUUUAUCAAACUCCUUACUCUGAUCUUUCUUGCAAUCGCCGGUCUGGUCGUCUUAGGAGGAAACACACGUGUGAAGAAUCCUACAGCCAACUUCAAGAAUGCCUUUUCCGGAAGUUCUGAGGCCACUCCUUACGGCGCAACGAACGCAUUAAUGAAAGUCAUCUAUUCUUAUGUCGGUUAUGCAAAUGCUUUCAACGUCGUGAAUGAGGUCAAGAAUCCUACGAAGACCCUCCGCUGGAGUGCGCCCUUGUCACUGACAUUGGUUGCGGUGCUUUAUAUUCUUGCUAAUGUAGCUUACUUUGCAGCAGCAACCAAGGAAGAGAUCCUUGCAUCAAAAUUAACUGCUGCAAGCCUGUUCUUUGAGAAUGUAUUUGGAAAUGGCGGCGCAUCCAGAGCAUUAAACUUUCUCAUUUGUCUCAGCGCAUUUGGUAACCUACUUGCUGUGUUAGUUGGGCAAUCUCGAGUGCUUCGCGAGUGUGGAAGACAAGGUGUCCUUCCAUUCACAAGAUUUUGGACAUCUACUUGGCCUUUUGCGACGCCUCUCGGUCCCUACUUGGUUAAGUGGGGGUUGACAAUUAUCUUGAUCAUUGCUCCUCCUUUCGGAGACGCCUUCAACUUUGUCGUUGACCUGUCUUUAUAUCCCGGCAAUUUUUUCCUUUUUCUGCUCAGCAUUGGGUUGCUUGUCACCCGUUGGCGUCGCAAAAAGCUCGGUCUUGGGCCCUCUGGUUACAAAGCAUGGGACAGUGCUGUGGGGUUCUCUAUUGUCUCGAAUAUUUAUAUGUUGGUGAUGCCGUGGUAUCCUCCCAGCACUGGUCGGGACGGCGGGGAUGUUAGUUUCUGGUACGCAACGUAUUGUGCCACUGGUCUUGCAAUUAUUGCUGUUUGCGGAGCUUAUUUCUUCAUCUGGGUCAAAUUACGCCCAAAACUUGGACACUAUGAGCUUCGUCAGACUAUUAUCGAGUUCGAAGGUGGUGGUACCACUCAUAGGCUGGUCAAAGUUCCUUUGCAAGAGGUCGCCUCCUGGGAUGAAAAACACGAUGCAACUGGUCGUCUUCGUCACCGAAAUGGUAGAAGCCAACACCUCGACAGCACCAACGCUUCAGAAAGCGCACGGCACGAAAUUGAUACAGCGGCUUGA